CGCCUCCUCCCAGAGAAAAACCUCACCCGCGAAGUGGCUGCUGCAUCACCACCUGUACCCCUUCCCACACAUCCCGCCAUCGGCCCUUGUCGCCCACACCCUUGGUCAUCAUGCUUCUCCAGCUCAGAGCUUCGUCUGCCCGGUCGGCCGCCGCUGCCGUUUCCCGCGUGGCCAGAGUCAACGCCGUCCGCGGCUUCAUUGCCCCCACCGUCUCUCGCAGAGCCGACUUCGUUCAGGAGUUGUACCUCAAGGAGCUCAAGGCCUACAAGCCUGCCCCCAUCAAGGACACCGACUCCGUCGGCCAAGUCCAGACCUUCACAGCCCCCAAGGCCCCCAAGUCUCCCGAGGAGGCCGAUCUCGCCAACUCGCUGAAGGACUACGAGAGCAUGGCCGUCGAGGUCGAGGGCAACGAGGGUGUUACCGGCACUGCUCCUGCCGCUGUCGAGGACUGGCUUGUUGAGGAGGACGAGGGUGAGGAGGCUGCCCACCACUAAAUCGGGAAGUCUGUUCGAUGUUUCAAAGUCUUGGGGUGCUGCAAGCGUGUCCAUUUCGGAAGCAGAGGAGGAUCAUCAGCCGAAGGGGAAGACAGAUGCUUUGAUUUCGAAGCAGAGCAUGUCACCACAAAAAGUGUUCAAUCACAAAGCGGUCGCAUUUCACAAGCGAGUCGACCCGCGGUCUCGAUGCAGCGAGGCCGUGGAUGCACAUGUACGCAAGUUAGCGGAAGCUUUCUGCGCACGCGUCUGUAAUCCGUGUACAUCUAAAACCUGGGGGGUUUCUAGUUCACUGCAAUCCUAGAUCCUGCUCAAAGCACUGAUUUCACACAAUUGUCUCUACUAAACAUUACUGUCGUGACAAGCUGCAACACCUGGCAUCCAGCCAUCACAACAGGCACUCUCAGGUGAAGAGUGAGUGGGUGAUGACGAU